CACAGAGACGGCGGCUACAGCAGCAGCAGCAUCAUCAUCAUAUAGCAUCGCCUCGUGCUAAUCCUCGUCAUAUCGCAUAGACGCUCCUGCUGGAGACUCCCUCUUGCUUAUACACAAUAGCAAUCGUCAUUAAUUAGUGGCAUCAUCAUUGUAUUCUUUUCAUUUUGUGCGAAUAUAUUUGUUGAGCUAGAUAUAUAUUUUAAAAAAAUCGUUACAUAGGACUCUGCAUUAUCGGAAGAAGAAAAAAAUCGUAAGGGAUAUCUUGAGAGAUUUCAUAUAUUUUUUUGAAUACGUUUAGAUUCUAUUUUUAUUUCAAUUAAUCAAAAAUAAUUUGCUAUAAUUUCCCAUUAUCGCCAGUCGCUCGCGUGAUAUCGAGAGGUUAUUUGAUUUGUUGGCUAAUAAACGUGGGGCUGGGGUGGGUGGGGAAAAGGUCGCCUCGUAUCUGCGACUCGUAGAGCUCUUCGAAAUCACGCGCAUCUCCCGACCCCAACGACGCACGGAGGGGAGCCACGCGGACAUCGGAGAGAGGCUGAGACAGCGGUGACAGCCACGAGCGGAGAGGGCCAGACAGCCAGGAGCGUGAGACAAAUCCAGGUGGAAGGUCAUCAUCAUGGAUGCACUCAUGAAGGGGUUUUCCAUGGCCAAAGAAGGCAUGGCCGCUGCGGCUGAGAAGACCAAGCAGAGCGUGAGCGACGCAGCUGAGAAAACGAAAGAGGGCGUCAUGUAUAUGGGCACCAAGACUAAAGAGAGCGUGGCUACGGUGGCGGAGAAGACAAAGGAGGCGGGCGGCGCGGUGGUGUCGGGCGUGACGAGCGUUGCCCACAAGACCGUGGAGGGAGCCGAGAACAUGGCCGCCGCCACGGGCCUAGUCAAGAAGGGAGAGCCUGGGGCCAAGCCCGAGGGCAUGCCCGAAGGUCACAUGGAGGGCAUGAGCAGCCCAGAGGUGGAGGCCGCGCACGAGUACACGGAGGAGAACCAGUACGACUACGGCGAGGAUACUGAGCAGUCUGGAGGCAUGGAAUGACCGCUGAACAUCCGGACCCCCCACCCCGAUCCCUUGAUCCCCAUCGCUGCCCCUGCCUGUCCUCCUCUCUUCCAACGUCGCCCCCCCCCCAACUCACCCCCACCCCCAAAUCACCCCCCCCCCAUCCAAUGCUUCCCACGAUAACCGCUGCUCCGACAGAGGAGCGACCGACAGAAGAAGAGCGGCGACGCGUCGGAACGAGGAUCAACAAAAAAACGAAUCGGGGAAACGACGACAAAAAAAAAACCUUGAAUGGAAAAAAAAAACAUUCAAUUGUGAACAAAAAAAAUGAUUCCACUGAGUAACUUCCACAUUCAUAGUGCGUGUCGUGGACGUGAGAUGUUGUGGUGUCUCCUCCAUGUGAGUCAUGUGUGUGAUCGUGUUUGCACGUACGUGUGUGUUUGUGUGUGCCACGUGUGUGCGUGCGUGUGGAUCAAAGUGGUGUAUGUUCUGAGACUCUCUCUGUCCAUUGGGGUGGGGUAACCGAGGUCGUGGGUUAAGGGGGGGAAGUUUGCCUCCCGUAACCUUCGAACAGUUGGGGGAGGGGGAUACAUCUGAGCCCUCCUCCAUCACCGUAUUCUCCACAUUAUAAAACGACCCGGGGAAAAAGACGCGCCCCACACUCGCACACGAUGUCGGUAAAGUGAUACCGACCUGGUCACACAAACAAAUACUUAGAUUCCCCCUAUAGUCGUAAUAGAGUGGAGGGGAUAAGUGCCGUUAGCGAGGACCUACGAAGGCCGGCACGGCACACAUCACUCCAGGUACUCAGUUGAGGCUGAGUCGACCUAGGAGAGGCACAGGACCGGUGCAAGUAAUUGUCACGGGUGUUGGCCGUGAGCGGGAAUCCAACUCGGGUGGCAGGGUUUGUAGCGCAGCGCGCUAACCGCUACCUCGCCACUCCCAAAAUUCCGCGCACACACACUCACCUACUGGGUUCUAAAGGUGCAUUUCCAACUUUUGCUACAGGGGAAAAGGUGCGUCUUAUAGUCCGGAGAAUUAAGUAAAAGCCACCAUGGGCCUCCUUUACCACUCAACGUGGGAUCAGAAUUCAAAAUCUUUAGACUGGAAGAAUCCGAUGAGCUAUGAAGCUCUUUCACGGAUGUCCAGUAGGGGCAGGGCAGCAAGUUACAACAACAAACUGCACAAAAACACAAUCGGAGUGCAAAGUAUAGGAAAGCUAAGCAAGUCACUAACAUUUCGAUUGAAACCUUUCGUGACUGCAGGGAUUCAUGUUCUUGGUUCUCUUCUACGUGAUUUUACCAAAAGAACCAAGAAUAAGUCACUAACAUUGACGAAAUAAAGUACGUUAGGACAAAGGAUGACCCUCUUCCCCACAACUUUAUUACCACCCCAAUGAAAACAAAAUCAUUCCCAUGCGACAAAUAAAAAAAACAACGUUAACAGAAGCACAGAUUCACAUCUCGGCACUCUUAUCGGCGUUUCCACGAUGCCCACCACGGCGCGCUGACACAAUUCAUGCAUUUGUUGAUCGGGUUUGGCCAGCUAUGAAGUUGUCUCAUCUCGUUAUUGUCAUACCAGGCUGCGUUUACGUUCUCUUUCUUAAACGGAUGCUUACGUUGGAAAGGUUUACAGUAUUUUUGCCACGAGUAUGUGUUUGUAUUUUUUUUAUGUUAUUGCAGUUGUACAAGAUGACCGAUUAUCUACAGCGUUUUAAAACGGCCAAGGCAAAGCGGUUUCCGCACUUCACUCAGCGGGCUUCGUCUCUCGUUUACAGCUCCUCAUCCGGUAGAAACCCCUCGAGCAUCUCCCUUAGAACAACCACCGUUGAGAUUCCCCACGCUAAGUGGUGGCUAUUUUAUCGACCCCGGCGGGAUGAUGGGCCGAGUUUACCCCCCCCCUCCCCCACGACUGCGACUUGAAAUUGCUACUUUGUGACCGCAAGUCGCCCGCUCGCAGUUCAGCACCCAACUGCUCACGCUCCCAACAUCGGCCCAGAAAUUGCAAAAUGUAUCUGGGCCAUUAGCACCUGAAACCUGACGACGAAUGUUUGUAAACUCCUUGUACGUUACAUUCCUUGGGCAAGAGCAAACCGAGGGUUAAGAUUAGACCCAAAACGGAACUUUAAUUUCCUCCCCGAGUCUGCGACCCCGUUGCAAUAUUUCUGCACAGCGGCACAGCACAUCCCGUGUGCCUCCCGCGACCUGCCCCGUGGCUCCCGCUGGUCACGUGCCGUGCUUCAGUCGAUCUCGCCAGCCACGCGGUAGAAAUAUUCGGCGAGAAAUUUAAGCCCUGGCUAUUGCCACGCUUACGAGAGGACAAUUGUCCAUCGCCGCUUAAGAAACCUGCGGCGGAACCCCGGGGCUGCCCGCCUGAGCAACAUUCAUCCGGCUUCUUCCGUAGGGGAACAUUUGACGGGCUCCAGGUUGCAGUCGCUGCUGUCCGCGCGUGAGGGUUUCGGGGUCGCGUUUCCUUCGCUCAGCUUUGCCGAACUUUCCUAACAGCACAAUCGACGUGGAAUUGGUGACAGAAUAAGCUAAACCGUUAACGACUUAUAGGGAAAAUGUCACAGACUUCAGGUAUAUAUCGGUUUGGAGAGCACAGCACAAUAUCAGGACUGCGUCUGUUAUUUAUCGAGUUGUGUUGUUGUUGGUGUAUGUUCAUUUCACUUUGUGUUGUAUCGUCGCACUUUUAUAUCGGCUGACGCUUGACUUCAUAAGGCUGCGGUGACACUGAGCGGUAGGGCUGAGAUUGGCUGCACUGCACUGAUGAGUUCCAGUCGGGAUGAAACCCAGUUUCCCAGUUCCGUUAUUCUGCUGCCGUUGCCUGAAGAUAAAAAACCACCACACCCCAAUCCAUGUUGAGCUUGGUGGCCGUCAACGGCUGUUACGUGGAGCUUGCGCGAACGUUGCCAUCAAUCUCGGCGUGCAGGGGACGCGGGGAUUUCUCUUGUGCGUUUUUAAAAAAAACAGCUGUUUGCCAAUAUUAUCAUUUCGUAUCUGGCUUGCGCGAAUAUAGAUAUUUACGGCCGAUGGCAUUUCUCCAUCACGCUACAGAAAGCGAGCGAAUGUGUUGCGAGUUAAAUGACCGCGUCCGUUGCCCCCUUAGGACGCCCGCGAUUCCUGCGUUAGCCUCGGCACCUCUUCGUGUAAGCCGGGUGGCGAGAACUCCAGAGAACAGGACAGGGAGUCGUCUCACUUGCAAAGGUGAACUGGGGGGGAGGCGGCGGUGGUGGGGGGGGGUCACCAAAAAUGACAGGUCAAACGAACACGGCCCACCGCAGCAGGACGCAGCGGCGAUGACUUUGUCGAAGGUUCUGCGCCGCGUGGCCUUGUGUCGUCAAACUCGUGCCGACGAAAACGACGCGUUGCGUUGCGUCUUCAUGGUCGAAACGCCAAAAAGAAAAACAUUCGUUUGGUAUAUUUACACGUGUGUACAUUUAUCUUCGAACUUGUAUAUUUGCUAAGUUAUUUUUUAUUUACGUAUUAUUACGAUUGAUGACACACACACACCGUUAAUGGUAUGCGCCCACUCAAGAGACACGGGAGUGAUCCGUCUGGCGAAUUAUCCAUUGAUUUCCUCCCCUGAGCCCCGUUUGCAAAGUCGUUUUGAUUUGUCGCGCGUGCUGUUGCUCAUACGCGAUGCGAUUUGUCUCAUCGGCGUGGAGCCGUUCUUGUUGUUACACCGGCUCCAAGCACGGAUAUAUCAACACAGUGAGCUCUGCAUUGCGACAGCGUCUCCUCCAAAUACCGGGGCUCCACCAGGGAGUAGGUAGGCAUGGCCCACGGUAUAUCCAUUUCCCUGAAUCUAAAACUCCGUUAUUUCCACAAAGAACCAAGUUGCGCGCACAUUCGCAGCUUAUUUAUCUUGUUCUUUACAACGAUAUCUAUGUAGAAAUAAAGUCUGGUUCUCCUAUAACGUGGUAGUUGCGUUCCCGAAGAACAUCGCGUUAUGGAAAAAUCUCGUUAUAAUAAUUAACAUAGGUUAAAGCACAGUCCGAGAUAACACGUGAGAUGGCUAUGCAGGCUGAACAUAAAGACUGAUGCGCGUGGGUAGCAUCUAGAAACAUCCAGCAGCAUCCCAAUGCCUUGUGCGAUGCGACACCGAGGCAGCUGUACAGCCGCUUAUUGCUACUUGCGCGACGUGGUUCUGUUCGAUCAAUCGCGUUCUAUCCAAUUCGUAAUCCGCGUUGUAGAAAGUGUUCCCGAAUACAUUCAUCGCGUUAUAUCCAAUUCGUGCUAUGAAAACACGCGGCGUCAUAGGACAGACUGUUUCUAGGAAGCAAUACGAGAGGUUCCAAAAGCACACGCACACAUCAAUGAAGCUGCCACAAACAUCACAAGCCAAUGCUGGAAGGCACGGUCUGAGGACGUGGUCACGAUGCAGGACGGGACAGUGCCUGCCCGGCAAGUGGACACGUGCCAGACAACGAGGUAUAAAAUAAAUCAGGACGUUUCGGGCGCAUCACCUGAUGACGGACGCUUGUCUUGCGCCCGAAACGUUGAUUUAUUUUAUUUUAUACCUACGUGACUUUACCGAAAGAACCAAAGAGUAUGGAUUGCUGCAGUCACGAAAGCUUCAAAUCAAGAUUGAGUCACCAUGGCUUUGCACGCUGUUAAUUUGGUGAGCGUUGGGAGAGCUACAUUUUAAAAAAAUACAUGAGGUUGUUAUUGGGUUAGAUCACUUAAUAUAAAUGUGUCGUUAAACCCCGCCACAGCCAAUUAGUAAAGUUUGUCACGUAAACAAAACGUGGCCAAUUCGUUACUAGUACAGCACACCGGUGUGUUGGAGAGUAAACCCACAACAUUUACAAUUCGAGUACCACGUUUCCGUCGGUAAUUACAGCAACCAGUCUCAUCAGGCGACAGACAGAAUUCUGGCCAGCGGCACAUUUAUAUUAACGCGAUAUAACCCAAAAGCAGCCUCUAUUGUGGAUAAAAUUGGUCGCCAAAUUUGACUUGUGUAACAAGUAUAACCCAUAAAAACAAAGUUUUUCACUAUAAAUCCUUUAUAUGCGUGGCGGCUAGAGUCCUCUCGUCCUCUGGCUUGAGAUGGCUGCCACCUAUGGGUCAGAUGAUGCAUGGCAGCAUUAAGCAAUUGGUAAUUAAAUAUAAUAUUUUUGUCCUAGAAAGUGUAAAAUUUUGGAAAGAAAUUUUCACGAACAUUAAUUGUCAAGCACAACGAGUCUACGUGGAAAAUGUCAGCUCGAUUGGAUCACGGGAAGUGGGUUAAAAAAAGACGCACGGUCCUAAGCAAGUGAACUUAAUCUAAAGGAUAAAAAAAAAUUGUAAGUAUCUUUUCCGGCUAUUUCGACGUCCCACAAAAAAACAAAACCCAACAUUUGAGACGCGGGACAUUGCACCUUGCCGGCCCAUGUUAUUUGGAAGACGCGCUGUGUAACAUCGCAGACUACGGCUCCAGAUAUAGACGCGCGGGGAGAGGGGGGUGGGUAUCUGCGAUACACGCAGUAACUAUGUCGCCUAACUCGAGAAGACAAAACGGUGGCGGCGAGGAACCGCGGGCGUCUGCAAGAAACUCAUCGCGUUCCUCAACGACACCGUGGCCUGAAAGAGGAAAACAGUCCAUCAGCGGGUGACGCUUCGGGCAAUGCUCCUUCGUCACGUGUUGUCUAUAACGUACUGUUCAGUUUAAGGCCGCAGUGUUAUUGACGAAUGUAUUGAGUUUGGUUUGCGUGGGUACCACUGCCAACGCAGAAUCGCACAAAUCAUUAUCAUGUGGUCAUCUCCAAGGCACGCGCACCACCUCUUGGCGCUCGGGGGUAUUUAUAAUGGGUACACAAUCGCUUAGGUUGACGCCGAAUCAUGCCAGGUCCUUUACGAAACGGAUGUGCGUUUGGAUUGUGCAAUUUCACAACACCACCUUGGGGGUGGGUGGUCUGAAUGGAUGUUUUGUCUCCCCCACCCCCCAGACAUCCAGUGGUACAUUCCGAAUUCAAAGCACCAAUGCCUGCCCCCAUUGGCAUCGCCAUGCACGUGGGUUUUCCCAAUAGCACCCGAGGGGGUGGACGAUAUAUUUUCCGUCCUCGAAAUGACCGAGUCUCAGGACAAUUUUUCGAGGGGGUUCAUCAGAGACGAAUUUUAGCCGGGUCUGUCAAGGGUGGGCAACACGGGAACAAUAUUUAUGCGUCCGGCACACCACGUCCAGUAUACGCCGCCUGUCACUGGCUGUGCCUGCCUACGACGACUCCUUCUCGUCACGUGUCACCUCAUGCAGUCGACCAGAGACUUAAAGAUAUUCAGUGAGAAAUGAGCAGUUGCAAACAAACACAAUACUGUAUACACGUAAACGUGUGCAUAUGGUCACACAAACACAGUAAACACGUGUGCACGUUCGUAGCACAUCAGGCUUCGCACGGUUGGCUACGUACGGUGCGAAAGAAGUUCAACAUAGACAAAUGUAAGACAAAUAUCCCCGUAUAGGCAUUCCGAUUGUUGGGGUCAAUUGCUGUUAGCGAACACGCUAAGCCGAACAUCAAUUGGAAGGAACCUCUCGAAAGCAUGUCUUGAGACUCGAUAAAUAAUGAAUGCGGCGUGACCACAUCAUUGGUCUGUGUUUAAUCAAGGUCAAAUAUAAAACACGUUUGUAACGGGCAUUGUUAAUCAUUAUACGCAGGCAACUCUUCCUGAAUGUCAGCCAAGACUUCUAAAGAAUUUGUAUUGUAUCUAUGGGCAAUUGACAAAUAACUUUUUGUAUUUUGAAUGUUUCACUUAUUCUGCUUUUCCAAUGUUUUUGUCAACAACAUUUGUUUAUUUUUGUUUAUCACCGCCGCGUGGGUUGUCGUGGGCUCUGCUGAUGUUGUUUUGUGCCGCUCUGUGUGAUGUCCACCACGAUGUACGACGUUUCGGUGGUCGUGCCUGCGAUCUGCGUUGAAUGCAGUCCACCAGAACUUUACCCGAUCCAAUUUCAGUUCAUGAAAAACUUUAAUCACAUUUUCAGUUCCGGAACAGGCGAAGCUCCCGUGCAUGCGGAGUGAAACGUCAGACAUCGUGGUGAACAACACCGCGGCAGACCCCGAAAACAACAUUGGAGAUAUAUUUAUUUUCAAUGUUUGAGGAUACGGCGUAUUUCCCCAUGCCCCCCCCCCCUUCUCCAUGAAGUCAAAUUCUAAAUCCACCCCCCACUAUGCCUCUCAAGUGGCGGGGAUCUUGCCAACGAUGCCACCCUUCGUGACGAAGUGAAAUCGUGCACCUUACAUACCCGUAUGUGUGUGUGUGCGUGCAUUUCAAAAGACAAAGAUUCCCCGCAUAGCCUGCUAGAACCAUCGGGGCAAGUGUAUUUAGCAUUUGCGAGCACCUAUUAAAGGCCUCGCGGAUGAAACGCGCUCGUGUCGUGGGCGCGAGUUCGAUUCCCGUGCCACGGCUACCAUCAGUGGCGGGUGAUAUCCGGACCCAGUCCUGUAAUCAGCACCACAUCCACCCAGAUGACUUGGUCUCGCCAUUGCUAAUUUCAAUUACCUCGCCGUAUCAGGUACACAUUUUUUAUGGGCCGAGUUGACCUCAACGAUGCCCAGGCUAGGGCAUCAUUUCAUUGAUCCGGGGUUCAACAUCUAUGGAAUCGAUGUUACUGUAUUGCAUAUCCCGCGAUGCUACCACACAGUCGUGAAACGGUCAGCAAACUCGACUAUCGAGACAAGAGUCCACCGGUUCAGCACGGCAGCUAAACCCACCCACCCCUCCCAUUCCUCACCCACCGCAUGUCCACCCAGCGGCGUAGGAAAUGGGGUCACCGUAGUCGAGUGGCAAGGUCACGUGGUCGUGGGGCAAAGUGUGGUUUACUCCCACCUCCACCACCACAUUUGGCCAGCAUGAAAGAGUAGGCCAAAGUAACCACCCCGUCAGGAUGCUCUCCGACUCCCUCUCACGGAGCCUCUUCCACCAGCAGUGACCUCGGAGCAAUGCAAUUUCGGGGCUGCACCUUUUAACCCCCAUUUUUUUUUUUACUUGGGUCGCCUCUAGGGAGACUCGGCCUUAAACGAGUACGGUACUUUUUUUUUAAAUCGCAUGUAAACAUCUGUACUGGGGAGACAAAUGUGGCUGGGCACCGCGAGAUUGUGACGAGACCUUAAUCGUUGCUCGCUUUCAACAGAGGGCAUUGCCCCUACACCCCCAUAGGCGAGGCAAGGAGAUACAGGGGGACUUGCUGUAUGUGUCGUGUAUGUAUGCCUGCGAGUCUGUGUGUGUGUAUGUACGCACUCUGGUUGAACAGCGAUGUUCCCCGUGCAAUCCUCUCUCCCGUUGCGUGAUCGUGUCCCGUUCAGUGCCGUCUUCCUCCUCCUCCUACACGACGAUCUUGCGAACACAAAUUCUCCAUCCCUCCAGAACUUCCUGCACCUCCCCUCCCUCCAUCCAUAUCAUCAUCAUCAUCCUCCUCCUCCUCUUUGGCUCUCCGUCUUUCACCGUUGUUGUGUUUCUGUUCAAUAAAGAUUGCAUUAGAUUGAA